AUCAUGCUGAGCUCCAGAUCAGGACAUGCUUUUCCCUCACCAAGGCUGAAUACAUGUUUCCAACAAACAUGUGGCCUCAACGUUUUUUGGAAACCGUCACUGUGGGUAACAAUGAAUAUAUAAACCCCCUCAUGUUCGCCUCAGAAGUCACCACUCUCCACACGCCCAACGUUGUUCAGUUCCUACCUCCGCUGACCAACUGAGGAGCAGUAACACAUCAUACAAUGGCUGCCGCGAAGCGCCUGGUGUCUCUGAUGGUGGUGCUUGUGGCUGCAGCGAGUGUGGUUCACGCACAGGAGAGGAUUAAGAUGUGUGGCAGAGAGCUGAUACGUCUGGCGGUCUCAUCCUGUGGGAACUCACGGCUAAGGAGAAGCAUCCCGGACGUAAAAAUGGGCCAGCAGCUGCCCGCUCCUCACUGGGACCAUGACGCCUCCACGGAGGAGUGCCGGGCUUCAGGGACAGCGCACGUCCAUGCAGAGUCUGACGAGAAGGAGGACGUCGUCUCCCUGGCUCCUCACUGGUUCCCCAUGUCCUCUCGGAUCAGACGAGCUGCUGGGAGGAUAUCUGAUAUUUGCUGCGAGAAAGGAUGCAGCAUGAAAGAGCUGAUACAGUUUUGCUAGACUUAGCUUCCUACUCGUCACAUGAUAAAAUACAGUGUUGGUCUUGGUUGGUCUGUGCUGCAAGUUUGUUUAAAGGGAAACUUUAGCAAGUUGCCUAAUGCUUGAGAAGUCACAUAAAAUGAUUUUGCUAUAUUUCCAGUGAUGACAAACACUGCACAUCAGUAGUUUUAUAUAUACCGGAUCAUAUUUAAUUAAAUUAUUGUCUAUGUCAUGAAGCAGAACAAAAGAUAAAAUCACAAUGUACACUGAGUUUUACUGAGAAAAAUUGAAGUGAUUGUUUAUUUUGUACUAAAGUAAUUUAUUCUCUCUUCAUCAUUGUAGAAAAAAGUUUAUUUCCAACCCUCAAACUACACUGUA